AUGUCCAAGCGUCCCAACUUUCUCAUCAUCCUUGCCGACGACUUGGGGUUUUCGGAUGUGGGAUGCUAUGGUAGCGAAAUAAAAACCCCAAACAUCGACAACCUGGCACAAGACGGUGUGCGGUUUACAGAUUUUCAUGCAACAGCGCUAUGUAGCCCAUCACGUUCAAUGAUCCUCACAGGGACUGACAACCAUAUUGCGGGAUUGGGCUCCCUGGUCGAGUGGCUAGCUACGCCUGCAGGAGAGAACCCGAAAGGAAUUAAAGAGAGCCAGGCUCCGGCCAGAGGUAAACCAGGCUAUGAGGGCUAUUUGAAUGAGAAAGUGGUUACCUUGCCCCAGAUUCUUCAGGAUGCUGGAUAUUUGACCCUAUGCUCUGGGAAGUGGCACCUUGGUCUAGUCAAGGACAAGUCUCCGUGUGCAAAGGGGUUUGAGAGAUCAUUCGCCCUUCUUCCUGGGGCUUCCAAUCAUUUUGGAUGGGAGCCUCAGUUCGAAGAAAAUGAGGCUCCAAAACCAUUUAGUCUGACGUAUUCUCUCCACAUGGAGGAUGGAAAAUAUGUACCUGAAUCGGAGCUUCCCAAAGACUGGUAUUCCUCGAAUAGCUAUGCGGACAUCUUGCUAGGCUAUCUGAAGGACUGGAACCAAACCAACACCGAAGGGAGUACUGAAAAGCCAUUUUUUGCUUAUUUCCCUUUCUCCGCACCACACUGGCCACUGCAAGCUCCGCAGGAAUUUAUCCAGCAUUAUCGUGGGAUGUAUGAUGAUGGACCAGACGCCCUGCGACUUCGUCGAUUGGCCAAGCUCAAGGAGCUGGGGCUGGUUGAGAAAGAUGUUGAGCCACACCCUGUCGAAGCUCCUGAAGUUCCAGAGUGGGAAAAACUAUCAUCAGAACAUCGACAAAAGUCAGCUCGCGCCAUGGAAGUCUAUGCAGGCAUGGUCGAAUGCAUUGACUAUAAUGUGGGUCGUGUCUGUGAUUACUUGCGGAGUAUAGACGAGCUGGACAACACGUUUGUUCUAUUUCUGUCCGAUAAUGGAGCGGAAGGAGGUGCCCAUGAAGCCAACCCGGCUUUUCAAGGAGGGCCAAUGCAAUACCUUCAACGGUACUAUGACAACAGUUUAGACAAUGUCGGUAACUAUAACUCGUUCGUCUGGUACGGUCCGCGCUGGGCCCAAGCCUCUACCGCUCCGUCCAGGUUAUAUAAAUCGUUUACCACGGAAGGCGGAAUCCGCGUACCUCUCGUGGCUAAAUUUCCCACGGCGUACAAGUGUCCUAUUCCGGCAAAUGGGAUCACACACCAAUUCUCAACCGUGAUGGAUAUUGCUCCCACAUUCUUGGAAAUGGCCGGAGUUCAACAUCCCGCACCCAACUACAAAGGGAGAGAAGUGGUUGGCAUGAGAGGAAAGAGCAUGGUCCCUUGGUUGCGUGGAGACUCAAGCUCGAUUCACAAAGAUCAAUUCGUGGAAGGCUGGGAGAUGAACGGCCGCUCAGCCGUCCGCCAAGGGAAGUGGAAAGCAGUUUACAUGCCUUCGACCAAAGCGGGACCCUCUCCUAAGGGCUACGAUCGGUGGGAGCUGUUUGAUCUUGAUCAUGAUAAAGGCGAAAUUCACGACCUCUCCGAAAAACACCCGGAAAAACUGAAAGAGCUUUUGAAACUGUGGGACCAGUAUGUUUUGGAAACUGGUGUGGUGCCCUUGAACCCAGCGCUUGGGGACUUUAUCGCAGCAACGGAAGAGCAGAUGCCUGAUGAUGGUUGGAUGGAAUAUGAGUACUGGAAAAAGGGUGCAAUCGAGAACCCGGAUGGGUUCUUCCGAACGCCACGGCGCUUUGAUCGUAAUGGCAAACGUAUUGCUUGA